UGUGGGAGAGAGAGAUAAAUUGCAGACGUCCACGUUGGAACAUUCUCAUUCAAGAGGUCUGAUCAUGGAGCUCAGAGGAGUGUGUGUGCUGCUGGGAGCGCUGCUGCUGGUGAACUGCUCGCUGCAGCAGACGCCACCGAAGAGGAAGCCGGUGAAAAAAGAAACACCAAAAGAUUCUGCCAUCGAGGAGCUGCAGAAACAGAUCAACAGCAUUGUCGAGGAGCUCAACCUCCUGAAGGAGCAACAGGCGCUGCAGACAGUCUGUUUGAAAGGCAUAAAGAUCCAUGGCAAGUGUUUCUUAGCUGACCCCGUGAAGAAGCGCUAUCACACUGCCAGUGAAGACUGCAACGCCAUGGGCGGCGUCCUCGGCACGCCCACAUCCAGUGACGAGAACGACCAGCUCAGAGACUACGUCCGCCAAAGCAUCGGCCCGGACGAGCAGGUCUGGCUGGGCGUCAACGACAUGAUCACCGAGGGCACCUGGAUGGACCAGACUGCCUCCAGCAUCACAUACAAAAACUGGGACACCUCCAACACCCGGUCCCCUCAGCCGGAUGGUGGCCAGUCGCAGAACUGUGCCAGCCUGUCUGGGGCCGCCCGUGGGAAGUGGUCUGAUGAGAACUGUCGUGACGAGAAGGCGUCUGUCUGCCAGUUCAACAUUGUUUGAACACAUUUAUCUCACGAUUGACUCUGCAUGGUCAUUGCUGCUUUGUCUGUGUACUCUUGCUGCAACGCCACUUUGCCUGCUACUUUAAAAAAGGAGUUUUUAAGCCAGUGGUUCUCAGCUGGGUUUUUUUUUUUUUUACCUGAAACCAAAUUCAAACGGAAAAAGUCUCAUUCUGCGGCAUGAAGUGGUUAUAUCUCACAAAACAGACCUGGUGAGGUGUAAUUUGCAGCAUUCUCCGUGGUCGCAAUAAAACCAAGGAAAUCAAAGAAGUUUUUUCGUUAACAGUAAUUAUACUUUUUCUAUCAUUUAUUUAAAAACGCAAAUUCUAUUUUCUCCAAUUAUAUCAAAACAUGAGCGGGCUGUUAGAAAACCCUGAUUCAAAAUGCCAGUGUUCCUGUUAUAAAAGUGGUUUGUAGGUGCUGGCACCUUUCACUGUCCUAAAAAACUGGGUGUAACCUCACUUUUCCAAAAAUACACAUCUCGAUUACAAGAAGCUCCUCAACUCACUGGUUGAGAACCGCUGGUUUAAACUCAGGCCUCCCUUCACAACUAAUUACUACUGUAGUUUCCGGACAAGACUCACAUGGAGCCAGAAUAAUAUAUAAGAUGCAUAAAGAAAACAAACAUCCGACACAGAUUAUUUGCUUGUUUUUGUAGUCUCCUAUAAUGUCAAGCCUGAUAUAAGCUGAAGAAAACAAUCAAUAAAAUAUAACAGAAUA